UUGUACAAAAUUAUACGCAUAUUAAGGCUUCUUCCUCAUGUUGCGUACUACAAAAACAUUCGCGUUCAGUGCGCCAAAGAGCAGACCAGUGUCCAUUGUUAUGGCUAUUCCGCUUGGGAUCCAGUGGAAAAAGCUAUCAUUAUCGUCUUCAUCGGUGCCAGCUCUGAAUUACAAGGACUAGAUCUAACAUACAGUAGCCUCCUUCAGAAAAAGAUAGCCUUUUUUGAUAACGGGCAUUUGAUCAAAUACUUCAAUGACGCAUUUAUGUUCCUAUGGAAUGGAGGCCUUGAGCAGCAGGUCCGCACGCUGAAGUAUCAAUAUCCAGACUACAAAAUUUAUGUGAGAUAUUAUCAUGGACAGUCCUUCAAAGAGGAGGCAAAACAAGUUACGGGUCAUUCUAUGGGAGCAUCAAUCGCGACUGUAGCUGCUUCGUACAUUUUGAAAUGGGGGAUGUGGGCACCAAAAGACCUCAGACUUAUCACAUAUGGCGAGCCUAGAACUGGCGACUACGAUUUUGCUGUGUGGCAUGACGCUACAUUUCUCUACUCUUACCGCGUUAUAAGCCACCGCGAUCCUGUACCCCAUACGCCUCCAAGGUUUGGAGCCGACAUGGCGUUCCAUAAUCGUUACGAAGUCUGGUAUGACAAUGAUAUGGCUGUUGGACAACCGUACACGAUUUGUCAAGAGGCUGAUGGGGACUACUGCAGUAACACCGUAUCCAAUCGUGACGGCUCUGAUCAUUUGUUCUAUUUCAAUAUGAACAUCAAAGAAUGGGGGCUUAGUGGAUGUCCACCAGGAAACCUGACAAUGCCAAAGUGAUU